AUGAACCUCGGAGAUUUAGACCUGCGCAGCGUGCAUCACAACCGCCCACAACUUGAACGAGUCCAUACUUCAGAUCUCCCCGUCACUCCUCUCAAUGUUCGACUCGAAGCCGACCGCACUCCCUCUUUUGCGUCGAGUAUCUCAGAACCAGCGACGGUAGUCCGAUGGCAGACUCCCCCCUCACGAAUACAUUCUCCUGAACAGAGUACCGACACCCUCAGACCAGCAACAUACGCGCGAAUUGGAGUCAAUGAAGCGGCAUAUAGAUCUGAUACCCCUUUGGUUGUGCGAUUCGACGAGGAGCAGAUUAUAAGCAACGAGGCGCAAGCUUCACGGCGAGAUCGAAAUAUGGAUAAUGUUUCUUUGGACUCGAGUCCACCCACACCAACAGACGAUACGCCCUAUAUACGAUUCGCGAUCGAUCAAUUGACUCGAGAUGAAGACAUCAGGGCGAUGCAAAGGCCUAGUACUGCUACAAGCUCGGAUUCAUACCCCGUUGACCGGAUCGUCCCUGACAAUGGAUUGGGAUAUAUUUCAGCAGCAGAACGAGAGAGGGAAGCUUUGAAACUCAUCAGAAAACAUCGCUCUUCUCCUGCAGAAGGCCGAUUGUUUGCUUUCAAUGCGACACGACCCCUCUCGUUCGCUGAACCAGCUGUCGCCAACACUCCAGUCAAGCAAAAUCGAUCUUCCGACCCGGAGAUUUUUAUCCCUGUCGACCCUCCUCUUAAUACGCCACGAUAUCCCGACUUAACGUUCGUUCCGACCAUGUUACGACCUACUUCAACGAUAAUGUUGUCAUGUUUAUGCCUACUAAUGAUUGCUGCCCUCAUCUUUUGCGCCGUCUAUUCUUCUUACAACCAUGGUCUCGUGGCCUGGUCUGGCGGUAUAUACAGAGGCUUAUAUUUUGUCUUCUCUUUUCUGCCGCAGAUUCUUGCGGCGUGCAUACUUAUAUAUGUCCAAGGUGUCAUGUCGACGAUUACGAGAAUAAUGCCCUACACGUUAAUGGCUAUGGAUGAUGUGGACAGUCGAACGAAUGCGUUGUUUAUUGAUCUUUGGCCGCAGAGUAUGCUAUGGCCGAAAUGGGAUGGCCCGAUUGUUAUUAAUGUUGCAUACUUCUUUUUCUGGUUGUCUGUUUUUACGAUACCACUUCAAGGAUGCUUGUUCUCAGUUGUACAAGUUGAUGGCGUAUGGAGAUGGACCACAGUUCAAGGAAUUGCAUGGACACUUGUUGGCGUAUACUUUUUGAUUUUGAUCGCGACGCUUUUGGUGGGAUUGUUCUUUUGCCGACGGACGACGGGAUUGAUGUGGGAUCCUCGAUCCUUGGCCGAUAUUAUUGCAUUGUUGCCAAGGAGUAAUUGCUUGAGGGAUUAUCCUGGAACCGAUAUCAUGAGGAACAAGUACGAUAUCCGACAUAAACUGAAUUUACGAAGCGAUCGAUUGGGUUAUUGGAGGACGCCAAAUGCAACGAAGGGGAUUUUUUACUGCAUGGGGGAGGAGGGUGCAUCAACACGACAGUAUACUUUGGAAUCUGGGAAGAUCCACGAAAAGCGUCUCAACUUCGAUGAUGUAUCAGACAUCGAAAAAGCUGCCGAGCUGUACAACUCCAACACUCGAUUUCGGUACAUCCCAUGGUUCCUGACCGAUACAUUCGUCAUCUUCUGGUCGGUUGCCGCAUUCUUCCUCCUCCUGGCGCUCUUCAUCGUCUCCUUCCUUCCCUCAACAGCCAUCCGCAAUGGAUUCGCUCCCCUGGUCUCCGUACUCCCCAACUCAGCCGGCUUCUCCGCAGCAAAUUUCCUCUACAGCUUCCUCCCCUCGCUCCUCGGCAUGAUCCUCUACCUCCUCUUCCAACCCCUCGACAUGGCCGUCCGAAAACUCAAGCCCUGGUCCUCGCUCGGCCAACCGCACGGCGCCCUCGCAGAGCACUCUCUCCUGCUCGACUACCCCGCCUUACUCCCCAUCCAAUGCACCAUCAAAGCCAUCACCAACGCCCACUACAGAAUCGCAAUCCUCUCCCUACUCUCCUUCCUCUUCAUCCUGCUCCCCAUCCUCGCAGGCGGGACAUUCUUCCAGCUCACGACGCCCUCGGGCGCUGUUCGAAUGAUCCCCAACUUACCGUCCUUCUACCUCAUCCUUGCGCUCCUAAUCCUGUAUCUCUUCGGCCUCUUACUGCUUAUUCCGAAGAGACAUAGUAUGCAUCUCCCGCACGGCGUUACGUGUCUAGCGGAAAUCCUGAGCUUUGUCUACGCGAGUGGGGUGUUGGAUGAUGCGGCGUUCAGGGCGCCGAAGUCGAAGGCGGAUUUGGUGACGCGGUUGAUGGCCACGAAGGUUAGGGGUGAGAGGCAUCGGUUCGCGUUUGGGGUUUUUAGGGGGAGGGGCGGGGUGGAGUGUCUUGGGGUGGAGAGGCUGGGGAGGAGAGGGGAGGGGGUUAUGGUUAUUUCUGGGAGAUGA